AUGGUAUUCGGCUUUGGAUCAUCCUCAUCAUCAUCCUCCUCAUCUUCCUCUGCAUCAUCAUCAUCAUCGCCGAAUGGGAUAGAAGGAAUCGAAAAACCUGCACCGACAAGAGAAGAGAGAAACGCAUGUUGGCAAUCUCGUGAUUUAUAUUUCGGUUGUCUGGAAAAAAACAAAGUGUUACAAGCUGGAGAUGAAAUAAUAAAAGAUUCAAAUGGGAAAGAAGUAUCAAGAGUCUGUGGAGGUGAGAGAGAAUUAUAUGAAAGAGAUUGUGGUAAAUCUUGGAUCGAUUAUUUCAAUAAACGACGUACACUUGAAUUGAGAAGACAGGCUACGAUAGACGCAGCUGAAAAAAGUGGUAAUAGAGAAAAAGCAGAUGCAUGGAGAGCUGUCAGUGGUGGUGGCAGUGGAAGUGCAAAGUAA